AUGAGAGUUGAAGAUGAAAAUCAUGAAGGUGCAAUCUACCUGGCGCAUCAUCCAGUUAUCAGAGAAGACAAAGAUACUACAAAAAUUAGAGUAGUCUUUGAUGCCUCAGCAAAGGGUACCGGUGGUUUCUCAUUAAAUGACUGUAUGAUGAUAGGACCCGUAUUACAACCAGAUCUUCGUAGUAUAAUCAUCAGGUGGAGAAUACAUAAAUUUUGCGUGAUCGGUGAUAUAAUCAAAAUGUACAGGCAAGUAAGGGUAACAGAAGACCACGCAAACUUGCAACGUAUAGUGUGGCGAAACGAAGAAAGCGAAGAAGUUAAGAGCUACAAACUAAUGAGAGUUACCUUUGGCACCGCUGCUGCACCUUACCUUGCCGUAAGAACAUUAUGUCAGCUAGCUCAGGAAGAAGCGGAAGAAUAUCCUGAAACUGCAUCUGUAAUAAAAAAUUCUUUUUACGUCGAUGAUUUAAUGUCUGGUAAUGAAGAUAUAGAUAAAACGAAAGUUAUGUGCGAAGAAAUUAAAAUGAUACUAAGAAAGGGGGGAUUCGAAAUGCAAAAAUGGUCCAGCAAUUGUGACGAAUUAUUAGAUUUUUUACAAGAGAGGGAAUGUACUAUGAAAGAAAAAUUAGAUAUAAAACUAGACAAGGUUAUAAAAAUUUUAGGUUUGACAUGGGAUAGAAAAGAUGAUAGAUUUAAAAUAACUGUAAACUUACCUGAAGUAGAGGGUCCCAUAACAAAGAGAUCAGUCCUUUCCGAUGUAGCUCGCCUAUUCGACCCAUUUGGUUGGUUGUCUCCAGUAGUAAUAUCAGCAAAAAUAUUAAUACAAAAAUUAUGGAUCUGUAAUUUAGGUUGGGAUGAUGUAUUACCGCCACAUUUGAUUGAAGACUGGUUGAGAUAUAGGAAAGAGCUGAUUCAUUUACAACACAUUUCUUUACCACGGUGGUUUAAUACAACGGCGCAAAACUUGAAAGACAUGGAAAUACAUGGAUUUGCAGAUGCAUCAGUAAACACAUACGCUGCGGUUGUCUAUCUCAAGGUAAUUAAUAACGCGUCAAUACAUGUUAUGAUAAUCGCAUCGAGGACUAAGGUUGCACCUUUGAAGCAAAUAUCUGUUCCUAAAUUGGAAUUAUGUGCGGCAGCUUUACUAACAGAACUCAUGAGUGAUGUUGUUGAUCUAUUGUCCAUCCGUAAAGAAAAAAUUUUUGCUUGGUCCGACUCAACGGUAGUUCUAUCAUGGUUACAAUCGGAACCAAGCCGGUGGCGAACAUUCGUAGCAAAUAGGGUGGCUGAGAUAACACGGGUAUUAGACAACAAUCACUGGAACUACGUACAAUCUUCUGACAACCCGGCUGAUCUAGCAACAAGAGGAAUUAAAGCGCAUGAUUUGGCUAAUCAAGAUAUUUGGUGGUCUGGUCCCGACUGGCUUAAACAAAUACAAAUAGAAAAGGACAGAUUGGAAAUUCCUCAAACAGAAUUAGAAAGCAAGAACGCAUUUCAUAGUUAUUUUGAAGGAGAACCGAUUUGGCAAAGAUUUUCUUCGUUGUCAAAAAUGAAACGAGUUUUAGCAUACUGCAGAAGGUUAUUGCCGAACAAAGGCAAAAAGGAAAAGUUCUUAACAGUUGAUGAAAUGAAUUUAAUAGAAACAAGAUGCGUUAAAUUUUAUCAAGGACAAAUGUAUAGACAAGAGGUAGAGUGCUUAAAAAAGGACGGAAGAGUGCGAAGUGGAAGCUCAUUGGCCAAUUUGACACCCUACUUAGAUGAACAUGGAUUGUUGAGGGUUGCAGGACGAUUGAAUAAUGCAGAGUUUUUAUCGACGAAUACUAAGCACCCAAUUAUCAUACCAGCAAAGCAACAUGUUACCAGACUUAUAAUAAACGACGGUCAUGCAAAAACCUUACACGGGGGCGUACUGCAAACGAUGGCCUUUAUAAGACGCAAGUUUUGGGUCAUCAACCUAAAGUCAGCUGUAAGAGGAUUUAUCCGUAAUUGUACAACAUGCAUAAGAGACAAGGCUGAAACGAAGCAACAGCUGAUGGGACAAUUGCCUGCACCGAGGGUGACUCCAUCUCGUGCGUUCUCCAGCAGUGGUGUAGAUUAUGCAGGCCCUAUACAAGUAAGGACAUCAAAGGGUCGAGGUCAUAAGUCUUCAAAGGGCUACAUUUGUCUUUUCGUGUGUAUGUCGACUAAGGCAAUACAUUUGGAAUGUGUCACCGACCUUACUUCGCAAGCAUUUAUUGCAGCUUUUCGAAGAUUUGUCGCAAGACGAGGCCAUUGUUCACAUUUGUGGAGUGACAACGGCACUAAUUUUGUAGGCGCUGCAAAAGAACUGAGACGUAUGUUUGAAGUUGGUAAGAACAACAUGGCUAAAGAAAUAGCUGAACUUUUAGCCAACGACGGCACCACUUGGCACUUUAUACCACCCAAAGCUCCAAAUUUCGGCGGUUUAUGGGAGGCCGGUGUGAAGUCCGCCAAACAGCAUCUUUCUAGAAUAAGUGGUGCAACUAGGUUGACUUACGAGGAGAUGACGACAUUAUUGGCUCAAAUUGAAGCAUGCCUCAAUUCACGGCCUCUGUGUCAAAUGGAUGAUACGCUGGAGACUCUUGACCCAUUAACACCAGGACAUUUUCUGAUCGGUGAGCCACUAAUUGGUCUCCCUGAAAACGAUUAUGUUAAUAAAAACGUUAAUCUGUUGACACGAUGGCAGUUCAUUCAAAACAGAAUUCAAAAUUUUUGGAGAAGAUGGCAAGCAGAUUAUUUACAAACCUUACAACAAAGAUAUAAGUGGCAAAGGGUUGUACGAUCCCCAUCCAUUGGGGAUAUAGUCAUAAUAAAGGAAGAAGAUCUACCUCCAUGUAAGUGGCUUUUAGGAAAAAUAAUCACCUUACACCCAGGUUCAGACAAAUUGGUUCGAGUUGUUUCUGUAAGGUGCAAGGGAAAUGUUGUGAUGAAGCGGCCACUUUCAAAACUAAUUUUACUUCCUAUUAAACCUGAGCCCUAUUGA